AUGUUUCGAACAGCCAACCCAUUUAGUGGGGGUUUGAGGCCGCACAAUGUAAACUCAGGCACCGUAUUAGCCAUAAGAACCCUCAAAAGACGCCCCGCAUAUCCUCAAACAUACCAACCUCAGCUCGCAGACAAAACCCACCCGACCAAAGACCACUCUAGUUUCUUUCAAAGACACUUGAAGGCUUGGUUGGGCCCCAGAAACGUCAGGGGAGAGUACUACAGAAACAAGUAUUACUACCCCCCACAAAAUCACAAACCCAAUUACAUUGUUCCUGAUGGAAACACUGUGGUGGAUCCCAGUAAACCGGAAACGAAUAACGAUAGAAGAAUGGGAAACACUAGAAGAGACCCUUCAUUGCAGCCGUUCCCCCAGAACCCAUACUGUAAGACGGCGCUUAUGAUAUCUAAUGAGUUGAAAGACACCAUAUAUCAACAAGUUCAACAAGGUGCUCACAUCCAAGAAAUCGCACACAAGUAUGGUAUAAAAUUGGAACGAGUGGAAGCGAUUGUUCGAUUACAAGAAAUUGAACGAGGAUGGAAGAAAGAAGUAAGUAUUUUAUGA